UGACUUCAGGCUUUACUGACUGUGGUCCCUUUAUUUAUCCCUAAUCUUGCCUUUGUCUGGAGAUCUAUGUUACCCAGUCCUUAAGAGUAAGUAUACAGUGCUGCCCUGGGAGCGUCAGUGGUCGCAGCCUUGCAGCUGGUGGGGAAGGUGUCCCAGUGGUGGCAGUGGUGUGUCCCUGGCCCUCUGGACUGCAGCUUCUUUACUGCCAAGUUAUCUGUUCAUCCAUCCGUGGCAGUCCACAAUGGCCACUUUCAGCCGCCAGGAAUUUUUCCAGCAGCUCCUGCAGGACUGUCUCCUGCCUACUGCCCAGCAGGGCCUUGACCAGAUCUGGCUGCUCCUUGCCAUCUGUCUCGCCUGCCGCCUCCUCUGGAGGCUUGGAUUGCCAUCCUACCUGAAGCACGCAAGUACUGUGGCGGGUGGGUUCUUCAGCCUCUACAACUUCUUCGAGUUGCACAUGGUCUGGGUCAUGCUGCUCAGCCUUCUGUGCUACCUUGUGCUGUUCCUCUGCCGACGUUCCUCCCAUCGCGGCAUCUUCGUCUCCGUCACCAUCCUCACCUACCUGCUCAUGGGUGAGAUGUACAUGGUGGACACUGUGGCAUGGCACAGGAUGCGAGGGGCCCAGAUGAUUGUGGCCAUGAAGGCAGUGUCUCUGGGCUUUGACUUGGAUCGGGGUGAGGUGAGCAUGGUGCCCUCACCCAUGGAGUUCAUGGGCUACCUCUGCUUUGUGGGCACUGUCAUCUUUGGGCCCUGGAUAUCCUUCCAGAGGUACUUAGAGGCCGUCCAAGGCCGCCCACUGAGCUGCCGGUGGCUGCAGAAGGUGGCCCAGAGCCUGUUGCUGGCCCUUCUGUGCCUGGUGCUGUCCACCUGUGUGGGCCCCUAUCUCUUCCCCUACUUCAUCCCCCUCGAUGGUGACCACCUCCUUCGCAAGUGUCUGCGAGCCUAUGAGAGUGCUGUCUCCUUCCGCUUCAGCAACUAUUUUGUGGGCUUUCUAUCUGAGGCCACAGCCACGUUGGCAGGGACCGGCUUCACCAAGGAGAAGGAUCACCUGGAAUGGGACCUGAUGGUCUCUAAGCCACUGAACGUGGAGCUGCCCCGGUCCAUGGUGGAAGUUGUCACAAGCUGGAACCUGCCCAUGUCUUGCUGGCUAAAUAACUAUGUUUUCAAGAAUGCUCUCCACUUGGGGACCUUCUCAGCCGUGCUGGUCACCUAUACAGCCAGCGCCCUCCUGCACGGCUUUAGCUUCCAUCUGGCUGCAGUGCUGCUGUCCCUGGCGUUUAUCACUUACGUGGAGCACAUCCUCCGAAAGCGCCUGGCUCGGAUCCUCAGUGCCUGCAUCUUGUCGAGAAGGUGUCCACCAGACUGUUCACACCAGUAUCGUUUGGGCUUGGGGGUGCGAGCCUUAAAUCUGCUCUUUGGGGCCCUGGCCAUCUUCCACCUGGCCUACCUGGGUUCCCUGUUUGAUGUUGAUGUGGACGACACCACAGAGGAGCAGGGCUACGGCAUGGCAUACACCGUCCACAAAUGGUCAGAGCUAAGCUGGGCCAGUCACUGGGUUACUUUUGGAUGCUGGAUCUUCUACUGUCUCAUAGGCUGAGACACAUCUGAGGCGGCUCCCUUAAGAACCCUCCUCGGUGGUGGGGAUGAGGGAAAGCCUUCUCUCUAAUUUUUGAUCCUUCUCCAUUCUUCACACUGCCCCCCAUACCCCUAGACACACACACACAUGCACAUUCAUACACACACACAUCAUCUCCAUACCUUCCAAUCCCCACUUCCACCACAGGAUGGGAAGGGAGUGGUCCCUCCUGGGGCCUAGGGGUGGGGAGAGCCUGGGAAAGCAGAGAACAGGAGAUCCAGGGCCUUCCUGCCUGCCUUGUCUCUUUGUAUAUACGGUUUGUUAUUAUCAAGUAAAUUUGGAAGUUUUUUUUUUUUAAAGUAUAGAAAGUCUUGUGUUCUCAUAAUAUUGAGGAAUUCUGAAGAGACUGAGACCCAGAAUUUGGUCCCGGUUUGGGGAAAGUUUUCCUUCAGUGGUUUUAAAUUGCAUCGGAUUGCCACUGUGUGCUUAGUGGGGCACUUCAAAGUGUAAUAGAUGGUUCUGUUUAAUAUUUGCUCUGGAUCUUUGGCACAUUUUGGGGGGAGGGAACCCAGUUUAAAAUAAAAUGUAAGAGCAGCAGUUUUGAAACAGCUGAAUGAGGAGCUUGGCAAGUUCUCCUUCCAAAAAAGCAGUUAUUAAACUUAACAAAAUUGUAAACAAACAAGCAAAAACCCAUUUAAGGUCUCUGGAAGUUAACCAAAGGACAUAUAUUGAGAGGCAUUUAUUUGAACAAAGCUAGUGAAUUUCAGUAUAAACAGUGAUGAUGGUCUAGCAUGUUAGGAGAUGCUCCCAUCUCCUCCCUCAGUUCUGGUUCCUCAAGUUCUACUCUGGGCAUGCCAUGAGGACUGGCAGCUCUGUUGUCCUGUCAGAGGGAGCUGACUUUAUUUAGAGCAGCACUUGGAAAAACACAAGCCCAGGGCUGUUACUGAAAACAAUAGCAGUCUUUGUGGCAGACAGUCUUGGAAAGCUAAUGUUGCAGGGAACAAGAAAAUGGCAGACUGGCCAGAAAUUUAUCAGGGAAAUCUAGGGAAAGAGAUAGCUAAAGUGAGCCCUACUGUUCAUAUUACACUUAGCUCUUAGGGUCCAAAAGGCUGUGUACCUGUACAAGGCUGCACCUAUUCAGGAGAGGACAGAGAACCCUUGAAAGCUAGUGGCCCCUGACUGAAUGCAGGGUAGACUGAUAAACUCCCUAUACUUUGAAAGUAUCCCUCCAAGCCACACACAGACCCCAUGGCAAAGGAUUUGAAAGCCUUCUGGUUCAAGGUGUUGAAGCAAAACCUCUGACCAGUCAUUGGCUGACCACUAAGUUAUGCUGACCUGGGACAGCCCCCUAGAAAGCAAGGCUUAAAAAGAAGGGGGGAAAAAAAGCAGUGACAUCAGAGUUUGGACACUGAUGGGGAAACAGAUUCCAGAAAAUUAGGCAAGUCACUAACUGGACAAACAGAAAACAGGCAACAUGAAGCUGUAGGCAGGGUCAGAAUUUCUGUUUGCUACUAAUUUAGAGUAUUUAAUCUAAAACACCCAGGUUUGUUUUGUUUUUUUUUCUAAUAAAUUUUUUUUUUAUUUUAUUUUAUUUUUAAACUUUACAUAAUUGUAUUAGUUUUGCCAAAUAUCAAAAUGAAUCCGCCACAGGUAACACCCAGUUUUUAACAGGAAAUUAUAAGACACAAAAAUAAGCACAAAAGUGUGACUGUUAUUCAGGGGAAAAGCAAGCAAUAGAAACUUGGAGGGAGCUCGGUGGCAAAUGAUGGUUCCUAGUAACAAAAAAAGCAGUUUCUUUUUCAGUGUAUUCAAAGAACUAAAGGAAAAAUUCUUCCUUUUGCCAGUGACUCUUCAAAGAGUAUUAAUAAAGACAUUUGGGACUUCCCUAGUCCAGUGGUUAAGACUCUCUGUUGCCAAUGCAGGGGGUGUGGGUUCGAUCCCUGGUUGGGAAACUUAGAUCCCACGUGCUGUGCAGUGCAGCCAAAAGAGAUUUUUUUUUUUUAAGGAAUAAAGAGAUCUAAAUUUGUAAAAGGAAUCAAAUAGAAAUUCUAGAAUUUGAAAAGUACAAUGACUGAAAUGAAAAAUUCACAGACUCAGGAUUUGAGCUGGCAAAAGAAUUAGUGAACUUGAACACAGGUUAACAGAGGUUAUCCAGUCUCAAGAACAGAAAGCAGAAAGAAAAAAACAAUCAGUAUCAGAGACGGUAGGACACCAGCCCACAGAACAGCAUACAUGUUAUGAAAAUCCCAGAUGGAGAGGAGAGAAAGAAAGGAGCAGAAAAUGUGUUUUAAGAAAUAGCUGAAAAUUUAUAAAUUUGAUUAAAAAUAUUCAUCUCCAUGUCCAAGAAGUUUAAUGAACUUUAAGAAGGAUAAGCAGAAAGAAAUCCACACCUAGAUACAUCAUAGCCAAACCUGCAAAAGGGAAGCCUCAUUACAUGCAAGUGAGUCGCAGUAAGAUUAACGGCUGACUUUUGUAAUUAUGGGGGCCAGAACAUGUCAGAGUAUAUGAUUAUUAGAUGGUGUUAAUUUUUCAGUUGUUUAAUAUUAAUCCACUUAAUGAAGUUAAAAUGAUGGCAUAAAUAAAAGGAGCUCUCUUUUUGUUAGUUCUGUUAUCUCUUUCCAUGUUGUUGUCCAUAUAAAGAAAUGUAGGAAUUGUCUCCUUAAGAGAUCAAAAAAAUUAAACCUUCCUAGUAAAAAAACUCAGAUUCAGAGUUAAAAUUCUUAGGAAAGAAUCUCUGCUACUUUGAUUUCCACAGGGAUAAGGAAUACUUAAUUCUUUCAGGAAAGUAGUAAAUGGCAAUUUAGAAGGCUGUUUUUGUAAAAAGUGAUUAAGAGCAGAGUGAAUUUAUAUAAGGGGAAAUUAAGUUGAUGUCUAAAACUGAAAUAUAAAAUGAUAGGUAAAAAUUUUUAAGUUUAACCCAUAGUAUUUUCCAUACUUAGAAUUUCCCAGGUUUUGUUGCCCUGGUCCACAGAUUGGGUUUUAUUGCUAUAAAGUGUCAUCUACUGCGAUAGAAAACUAAUAAUAGGUCUUUCAUAAUAUAAAAAUUUUAAAGCAGGGGAUGCCAACCAUCAGCACUUCUCUGGAGCUUUCACCAUCCCAAAUCUUCU